UGUCCUGCGACAUGCUCCUUAAACUUUCCAGAUACAUUUUGAUGGAUACCUUUGGACCUAGCUUGGCCUGGAAUCUCUUCCGGUUUUAUAACUGUGUUCAAGAAGUCAAUCAGCCUAAAAUUCGCAUCCAUCCUCUCAAGGUGGCACGGUACAAACUGAAGCCGUUCCUGCUGCACCGGGUGCUUCGGCUCCUCGGGGGCAUGGGAGUGUUGUCAGAAGCCCAGCAGUCCAAGGCCUUCUCGCUGCUCAAGGAGCAAAUGCUUGAAACGAAGAAAAAGCAGAUAAAGCCCCAAGUGGAACAAAGUGGUAGGUACAUAAGGAGAAGACGUGGUUUUGGUUUCUCAGCAGGUUUUGGGUUGUGUCUCUACCACCUGCAGCCCUGGGCUCUGGUGGGGAUCCUUGGCGGGGACCCGCUUGCAACAGUAGAAGACAAGAGAGACUAUCAUGGAAACGGGACAACGGAGCUAGCUGUAGCCCAAAGAGAUUUCCAGACCUAUGAUGGAAUCCGUUUCACUGUCACGGCUUUCAGCGGAUGGGUGAAAGGAGUGCCUCAUAAUGGAUUUAAAGUGGAGGUGUCCAAAGGAAUAGUUCUUCAUUUGGCAGAUGAGGUUACAAGUUGGUUACCUGGUGACCGAAUAGUCAUUGCCAGUACAGAUUAUUCAAUGCAUCAAGCUGAAGAGUUUAAUCUGCUUCCUUGCACUGAAUGUCAAAGUAAUCAAGUGAAAAUUGAUGGCAGCCCGCUUUAUCUUCACAUUGGAGAAGUUAUAGAUGGCAUAGACAUGAGGGCGGAGGUUGGUCUUCUCACGAGAAAUAUACUUAUUCAAGGAGAGAUGGAAGAUUCCUGUUACGGAGAAAAUCACUGCCAAUUUUUUUCCUUUGAUACGUUUGGAGGACAUAUUAAAAUCCUGAGGAAUUUUAGCUCUGUUCACAUGUCGGGAGUAGAAUUAAAAAACAUGGGGCAGCAGGUCCUGGGCAGCUACCCUGUGCAUUUCCACUUGGCUGGGGAUGUGGACGAGCGAGGAGGAUACGAGCGCCCGACUUACCUGGAUAACCUGGCCAUCCACCACUGCUUCUCGAGGUGUGUUGCCAUUCACGGAACUCACGGCCUUCUGGUGAAAGACAGUAUUGGCUAUGACACUCUGGGACACUGUUUCUUCCUUGAGGAUGGGACGGAGCAACGCAACACCUUCUACCACAACUUGGGCCUCCUCACGAGGGCGGGAACCAUCUUGCCUUCGGAUCGCAAUGAAGCCAUGUGCCUUGCCAUCCGUAGCCACGUCUAUGGGAGUUACAUUCCCACGCCAAGCACGGACUGCAUGGCUGUCAGCACAUUCUGGAUUGCAAAUCCAAACAACAACUUAAUAGAGAAUGCAGCAGCUGGUGCUCAGGAUGUCGGGAUAUGGUAUAUCUUCCACCGGGUUCCAACUGGGCAGUCCGAAGGGCAAUAUCCAGAGGGACAGGCUGAACACACCCCCCUGGGCGUAUUUUACAACAACAGAGUCCACUCCAACUUCAAGGCCGGUUUGUUUAUCGGUAAAGGAGUAAAGACGACGAGAGCCAGCGCUGAAGAUCCCAGAGAGUAUCUCACUGUGGAUAACGCCAGGUUUCGCCCACAUCAAGAUGCUGAUCCUGAAAAGCCACGAGUUCCUGCCAUAAUUGAUGGUCUCAUUGCUUUUAAGAAUAAUGACCACGGGGCCUGGGCCCGGGGAGGCGACAUUAUUUUCCGCAACUCAGGGUUUUCCGACAAUGGCAUUGGACUCACUCUAGCAAGUGAUGGGACUUUCCCAACAGAUGACGGCUCCAGCUUGGAGGUUUCACGCUCCAUUUUUGUUGGAGAAAGCAGCAACCUUGGCUCCCGAGGAGGCCAAAACAGCUAUUGGGGAAGAGGGGCAAACGGCGAGUACAGAACCCUGCCCAGAAACCAGACGUUCCCUAUUCGUGGAUUCCAGAUUUAUGAUGGACCUGUCAGGAUGACAAAAUGCACUUUCAAGAAGUUCACCCCGACUGCUGACAGAUACUCAAGCGCCAUUGGGUUCUUCAUGAAGAACUCCUGGCAGAUCAGCCCCCAGAAUAAUGUGUCACAGAUCCUGAUAGAAAGAAGCGUCGGACUGGAAGUGUUUUUUGGCAGAUCAGGCCAGUGGUUUGGAAACAACGAUAAUGAUGGUGACAAAAUGUCUAUCUUCCAUGAUCUGGAUGGCUCUGUGACAGGGUACCCGGACACUUUUGUAGGCAGAGCUGACAACUACUUGCUUCAUCACCCUGGAUGUCUCACUGUGCCCCGGUGGAACGGGAUGAUCUGUACCGGGAAGUUUGCCCAGCUUUAUAUUCAGGCCAGACGCCCUGAGAAUCUGACCUUAUCCAUUGCCAGAGCGGCGCAGCCCUCCCGGCCCUCGCGGCUGCAAGGCGUGAACCGCGGUGCUCCGUACCAGCAGUACCAGCCGGUCGUCAUGCUCCAGCAGCCUUAUAUCAUCCAGUGGGACGGCAGAGCACCUGAGGAUGUCAUCCUGUACCCCAUCAACUUCAACAGAGGAGACUGGCUGCUCGUAGCCCUCUGCUACCCGCGGGAGGCCAUUUUCCAUGUGGUGGCGGAUGUCUACCAGCGACGCACGGGGACGGUGCACAGCGUGACGCACUACACGGCCGUUGCCACCCGCGACCAUGUUCUUGGCGGCACCAGCGAGAGGCUCUUCUUCUUUGACCAGGCAUCAGGGUACCUGUUGGUUCGCCUGCAAGCCCACGCAGCGCGGGAAGGACACAGCUACUGCUCGGAGCGGGGCUGCGAACGCAUCAAGGUCAUGGCAGAGAUGUCUGGAGCGGGAUCCUGGAGCUGUGCCCCCAACCCCUUUCCAGAGUCCAGCAUCCGACCAGCACCUCCCCGGAACCUCGUGUUCCAGCGCCGGACCGGGCCGUGCAGGACGUGCGGGGCUCCUCAGCUCGCUAUAACUAGCAAGCCCUCGAUCAAGUAUGUAAGAAUACAGAUCCAGUCUGUCUGCACAGCUGAUAAACGAAACCACUUGACGACUGCGUUCAUUAAGAUAAAUGAUAAAGUUUUCCUGUUCAAUAGCCACGGGAUAUUCUUCGUGGUGCUAGAUGCAUGUUCUGGAGCAGUCGUGAGUAGAUGGCACUUUGACACAGUUAGUGGUGAAAAUGCUGCCAAUGCAAUAAGUGACUAUGUUCAAACAUUUAUAAAAGACAGAUCAGUUGUUCUCGUGGGCUCUAGAGACAUCACAGAAGUGACAGGGAAUUCUGCAAUGUUUGUCUUCACCAGGUUAGGUUCUGCAAAGCCUAUUACCUUCCAUAAAAAAGGGAGUUUUGCUAUGCUGGGCUAUAAAGGGCAAGCCAAGCCCUCCUGGAUUAAAAUCCUUAAUCACGCUGCUUAUCAGAAAGCUGCUUCUCUGCAGCAUUACAUUCCCCUGGAGCUGAAGGAAUAUCAGUGUUCAGGUAGUGCUGACGAGCCUCCGAGAUGGGCUUUGUCCCAGGGGCGCUCGCAGCACAACUCUGCAGGGACUGCAGAGCCCCGCGGCUGAAUCCCCCUGCGGCCCUGGCACGACAUCAGCCGGGCAAAUCCUACUACUGUCACCAAAGCCUGCCAGGGUUUUUAUGGAAUUGUACCAAGCCAAUGUUGUUUAUCUGUGUAUUUUAUAACUA